GCCAGCACCCUUUGCCAAGAGCUGCCUGCUGGAUUGGGUGACAACUGCCCAUUUCCAUGCCCUCCUGACUAACUUCUCUCUGCUCCUUCUAGGCUGACCAACUGACUGAGGAGCAGAUAGCAGAGUUCAAGGAGGCUUUCUCCCUCUUCGACAAGGAUGGGGACGGCACCAUCACCACCAAGGAGCUGGGGACGGUGAUGAGGUCCCUGGGCCAGAACCCCACUGAAGCCGAGCUGCAGGACAUGAUCAACGAGGUGGACGCGGAUGGGAACGGCACCAUCGACUUCCCCGAGUUCCUGACCAUGAUGGCGAGGAAGAUGAAGGAUACGGACAGCGAGGAAGAGAUCAGGGAGGCAUUCCGGGUCUUCGAUAAGGACGGGAACGGCUACAUCAGCGCGGCUGAGCUGCGCCACGUGAUGACGAACCUGGGCGAGAAGCUGACCGAUGAGGAGGUAGACGAGAUGAUUCGGGAGGCCGACAUCGAUGGGGACGGGCAGGUCAAUUACGAAGAGUUCGUGCAGAUGAUGACCGCAAAGUGAAGGAUCCGGGACGGGCGGCUGGCGAUGCCCUUUCUCCUUCAGUACUUUUCUCCAACACUCUCUCUCUACUUAAGUAACCUGGUUCCUUCAGCAAACUCCAAUCGGCUGUGGAAUAAAUCUGAUGAAACCACAACAAAUUAACUUUCCCAAACUGCAUGAUUGUGCCCUGUCCCCUCAGCCCCUUUCCUUCUAUUCUCGUCCCCGUCCUCCCCUCGCCCAACCCCCUGGAAGUCUCAGCCUUGCAGAUGUGUUUUGUUCCUGGGGGUUUUUGUUCUGCAGCCGGGGCUGGCCGGUGUCCCAGCACGCCGAUUUCGCUAUCCACGCGUCUGCGCGGAAAGAGCAAACUUUAACCGUGUUGCAUGCGUCUGGCACUGUGGGUCUAUGCAUUCACCCCGCGGCCUCAGCGUCUCGCCCCUGGAAACGGCGGGGGGGCAGCAGGAAGGAAAGCCUCUUGUCUGGUCGGCGAAUGAUCCCAAGGCAUGGUGAGAGGGGGUUGCAGAGACCUUGUCACGCCAUCCGGGGAAAGACGGGGGAGGGUCUGAACAGCCUCCCCCAAAAAAACCCUUACAUAGAAAUUGGCUCUUGACACCUGAUCCUAAAACCAGGACUAGUUUCUCCCUGAUCGUAGCCCUGUACAAACUGUAAAUGUCCAUGCGAUGAUUCCUAAGCAACAUCCAACGCUCAGAGCUGCUGUGUAAAUACUGGUGCUAACCCA